UUAUUUUUCAGAAACUCACCAUUGCAAACUAAAAUUUAUUAGCUUUCUCAAAACGGAGUGAGAUGUUAACGCUGGUGCCGGCAUAACCUUGUCCAAUGAAGAUUUAUAAACAAACAAGCGGUAUUGUUGGUUUAUUUGCGAAAUUCUUCACCCACCAGCAUAAGCAUAUUUCACAAUUGAUACGGAAAAAUGUCUAUUAUUGCGGAAAAUAGUCUUCCUGCUGAUGAAAGGAACAUCGAAAUAAAGGCACGAGUUGGAAGUGACAAGGAAUUUGAACGUCGAGUACAAAUGGCGCGCGAACUCACACAAUCUACCGGGGAGGUGCUAGAGCAAAGAGACGUGUUUUUUAAUAUUUUGGACGACACUGAUGGAGCUAGGUUUAAGUUACGUUACUUAGGACCACCUAUACCAUCACAGUUGAUUUAUUACGUUCGUCCAAAUAAGGCUGGACCGAAACUUUCCACCUUCAAUAAACUGGAAGUAGAAGAUCCUGCACUGCUUGAAAAGAUUUUAGCACGAAGUAAUGGAAUAAAAGGAAUUUUGGAGAAAAAGAGAUACUUAUUUUUACAUGGUCAAACUCGUAUACAUAUGGAUAAAGUUAAAAACUUGGGUAAUUUUAUGGAAUUCGAAGUUUGCCUGCGUCCAGAUCAGACAAUAGAAGAGGGGCAACAAAUAGCAAAUGAUUUGAUGAAGGUAUUCGGCAUAUCUGAUCACGAUCUUAUGACUGGUGCAUAUUUUGAUGAACUGAAAUAAUUGGAGACUUUGUUGGAAAUGUUGAUAUGAAGGACAUUCAAUCCAUACUUCAUACAUACCAUCAAGAUAUUGAAAUAAAAAAUAUUGGGGCACAUUUAUAGUCAAAAUAAAGUCGAUACUAAAGUUAUUCGCAGAUUUUUGGUAUACUUUUCAAUGGCAUAUCUGCCAAAAAAGUUCCUAUUAACUUUAGAGUCGACAUUAUUUUGAUAUGCUCUAUACUUUUAAAUA